AUGAUAAGAAAGCAGUUUAAAAAGAACAGCGCAGUGGGUGAGGUUCAUUUUUUUAAGUCUACUCGGUGCUGUUCGGCGAUCUAUGUCAGGUUCUGUUGGGAAACAGACUGUUUAACAACAUGUACAGUAAUCAUUGUUUCGCUUCCAGACGCCGGCCCUGUACAAUUACCAAAAGGGAAAAUAGUAGGUCAACGAUGGAGGAUUAUAAAGAAACUUGGCGAAGGCGGCUGCGGCUCCGUAUAUAAAGUUCAAGAUAUCAAGAAUCACAACGCUGAAGCCGCUUUGAAGGCCGAAUCAAAUUUUGUAGCCGGUGGAACGGUUUUAAAACUGGAGGUNGAAGGCGGCUGCGGCUCCGUAUAUAAAGUUCAAGAUAUCAAGAAUCAUAACGCUGAAGCCGCUUUGAAGGCCGAAUCAAAUUUUGUAGCCGGUGGAACGGUUUUAAAACUGGAGGUUCAGAUACUCAAUCGCUUAAAAGGACGGCCACACGUCCCACAGUUAAUACAUUCAGGAAAGAAAGAAAUGUAUUGUUACAUGGUGAUGACAUUACUCGGUGAUACACUAUCAACCUUGCAAAGGUAA